AUGUCUUCCGCUGACGCUCUACCUGCUUUCCCGCUGAAGGGAAAACUUGCCAUUGUGACCGGGGCUUCGCGGGGCAUUGGCUUUGGAAUUGCCUAUGAGCUUGCGCGACGUGGAGCUGAUCUUUGCGUCACGUAUGUCUCCGAUCGAAGCAAGAGCACCAUAGCCGAGCUGCAAGACAAGAUCCGCAAGCUUCCGAACAGCCCUAGUGUAACGGCACUCCAAGUCAACCUUUCUACCUUAAAUGCCGCUCAGGAGGUGAUCGCUCACCUCAAGGGUCAAAGGAAGGGAGACCUGACCAUCGACAUCCUCGUCAACAAUGCCGGAGUGGAAGCGAAUGGCCGCGUAGGAGAUCUCACCGUUGAGGACUAUAACACCGUAUUCGAUCUCAACGUGCGGGGCGUUUUCCUCAUGACCCAAGCUGUGGUUCCUUUUCUCCCGCCCAAAGGCCGCAUAAUCAACAUCAGCUCGAUUGGCGCCCGGGCAAAGUUUGGCAACGUCAGCCUCUACAUCGCUUCCAAAGCUGCCGUCGAGGGGUUCACGCGCUCUUGGGCUGCUGAUCUGGGCGAGAAUGGCACGACAGUCAAUGCCGUCGCGCCGGGCCCGGUUCCAAGUGACAUGCUCAAUAGAUUUCCUGCUGAGAUGAUUGAGGGCCAAAAGCAGGCAACCCCGGUGGAAAAGCGUCUGGGAUCAGUCGAAGAGAUCGCCAAUAUUGUGGCCUGGCUAGCCAGUCCUGAGGCUUCGUGGGUCACGGGCCAAACGAUCUCUGCGAGUGGGGGGGUUCGCAAUGUACUAGUUGGCAUCCUACACAGUAGAUAA